GACUUAUAAAAUUCUUUUGGCAAUCGAAGAAACAUCUAUUUCACAUAAUGCAAUUGAAUACGCGUUCGAUCUAUGUUCGCGUUUAAACGAUCCGUAUAUUCUAUCAAUAAUCUAUGUCAUUGCAUUAAAUCCUGAAACAAGUGUCCCGUUUUUGCAUAAUCUAGACAAAGCAAAUAAUCUUGAUAUUCUUCUUGAUGCAAAAGAGACUGUGG